AUUUUGGAAAACUAUAUUCCUAUGCCACAUUUUAUACCAGAAUAAAUUCCAUUUGGAUCAAAAUGAAAUAUGUCACUUAUGCUGAUAAAAAACACUCAGUAAAAUAUAAAUAGAAUUAAAGAAGUUCUAAAACAUACAGGAAAAUAUUAGUAUUAUUUAGGUUAAUAAAGACUUCUUAGGCUUAAUAUUAAAGCCAGAACCCAUGAAGAAAAAUUUGAUGAUUGAGUAUUUAAUAAUCAUAGCAAAACAAGCAAUUUUAGCCCUUCCAACCCCCAAUAAAUAAUCAACUGGGUGAAAAUAUAUAUGGGACAAAGGUAUGUUUUCCUUAUAAUGCAGAACUUCAUCUAAAUCAAGAAGGAAAAAGACAAACAUUUUUCCUGACAGAUGUCCUUUCCUUCCUCAAAGAAAAAUGGACUAAGGAGGUGAAAAGGUUGUUCAUAUUAAAAAUCAAUCAGUAUAUGAAAAACAUUAACAUUCUCAUAAUAAAAGAAAUGCAAAUUCACAUGAAAAUAUGCACUUUUUGUUUUUGAUUGGCACAUUUUAAAAGAACAAAUCAACUGUCAUUGCAUGUGCUGGAACUAAAUACUGUCAUGCACCAUUGGUGAGACAUACCUUUUCAUAGGUAAUAGAGUCUAUGUAUAAAUAUUUUGUAUAGAAAAUCUAGUUCAAAGAAUUUAUUCUAAGGAAGUUAUAGAAUAAGUGAACCAAUAUAUUUGCACAGCAUUAUUGUGUGGUUUGUAAUACUGUUACUGAGCAAACUGGUACCUGGUGCCUUCACAUAUGACCCAACAGUUAGUGUUGAAGAAAACAGGCUUUAAUUAACAGUUCCAAUCUUGGAGGUGCCAACAGCACUUCUGCUUAGAGCCCUCCUUUUCCAUGAGACCCAGAACUUCGCUCGCUUUCCAAAAUGCUACAAGCCAAAACAUGCCCAGAAGUUUCCCAUAUUUUUAUUUAUUCAUUGGCUGGUUAUGCAAACAUUUCCAUCCUUUUUGGAAUGUGCACUUGUGGGCUUUAGAGUCAUCUUCCUUUUGCAGCAGCUUUUUUUCUAUAGGAUUUUGGGUGCACUGUUCUUAGCCUCCGUGUAAUGGUUCAGGAAAAUAUGUGGCAUGUUACACUGGAUUAUGUUGGACUCCAGGGAAGCACACGUCCCAAGAGAGUGGCUUCUCUGUAUGUCCUUCAGAGAAGAAGUCUGCCACUCAGCAGUCCUGGUCACAGUUCAGCUUCAAGCAUUUUUCAUGAGCCUGGGUGGCUGGGCAGGUCCGUGUAGCUCCAUUAGCUCUGUCACCAUCUUCUUCAGGCAGACCUCCUCUCUCACUGCAGACCUUGUGGCUCUUUUUCCUUCUGACCUUCAGCCAACCCUAAUUUAAAUACUUGGUAUGGAACUUCCUAUGUUAUUUCAUACCUGGUCCUUCCUAUAAUGCAUUAGUGUCUGAGUUUUGUUUGUUUGUUUGUUUUUUUGUCAGUUCCCCAGUGUCUUUUACCCUUUUUUUAGCUGCCAUCUUUAGUUAGGGCAAGAGUUCCCAGUGAAUAAGUUGUAAAGUUCCAGAAAUGGAAUUCUAGACAGUCAUCAAAAAUAAGCAUGUGGAUCUACAUUUAGUUGCAUGAAGAAGUCCAUAAUAUAUUCAUAUCAAAACAGUAGAAUUCAAAGAAAUAUAACAAAACAAUAUGUGUAUGUGCAUAGAUCUCUUUAGAUACAUACCAAAAUUUUAAUAACAGUUAUUUUGGGGUAGUUAGAUUGUGGGUAAUAUCUGUCUACUUUUAAUACAUUUCUGAAUUUUUUGCAAUGAUCAUUAUUAACUAGAAAAAGAAAAAUAAAACAGCUGGAAGAAAUCAAGACUGAGAAGAGUAAGGAGAAGAAAAAGGAUGAAUGGCAAAAGGGGUAGAAGAACUGUUUUCUGGGAGGUGUACUCUUGCUUCACUUGCUUUUUUGUAUUUUGAGGCUACCUUGUAAAAAUUUUCUACUCUUUCUGUUUUCUACUUGUUAUAGUCCAACUGGAGAGGCUCUUAAGGAAUGCAUAUUUAAACCAAAAUCUUAUAAUUAGGGAAAAAUAUAAUAAAUUAAUCCAUGAUUUUGAAUUUUUGUUAAGGAGAAAAUGCAGUUGGAUGGGAUUAGCAGCCACAGAAAACAUCUGUAACUCAAGGCAGGUCAGAACAUAUGUCACCUUGAACUUUUCAGUAUCCUACUUUAACACAAGCUUUUCCUAGUGGAAAGGUUAAAAGGGACAUGGAGGCCAUUUACUUAUUCUUCUAGAUACCGAAGAUCAUAGUCAUUUUGCCCCUGGCAGAAUUGUUUUCAUUAGUUGGCCUUUAAUACUAUGCCUUCAGCCAAAACUGGAGCACUCCUUUAUUCAAUUAUUUGACAAAUAUUUAUUGAAAUCUAAGCUGUGCUAGGGACUGAUCUGGAUGUUUAGGACCUAUCAAUGAAUGUCCAGUUUUCAUUGAACUUGCUUUCUAUCCUUCUAAGAAACAGCCACAUAAAUAAAAGUAGUUAGUGUUGAGGUUAAUUGCUGCUUUAUUCAAUAUUCCCUAAAGAAGUUUAAAACCUAAGAACUUGAAAAGUGGUUAAAGAAUACAUACACUGUUUAUUUUACUCAUGUAUAAACAAAGGGAAGUUUGCUUCUCUCUGUGCCUCCCUCUCUCUCUGUUUUUUGUUUGGGCUGCCAGGAAACUUAAUCUAUUGUUACCUCAAUUUAUCUGUUUUUCUGAACUAACCUUUCCCUCUUUUGGAAAUCCUUAUUUUCCUAUUUCAUCUAUAUUUUCACUGAUCUCGCUUAUUAAAAGUUUGAAUUGUUUUGUUUCUAAUGUAUUUGUCACCUGCUUCCAAUCUCAAAUACCUUGUGGGAUUAAAGGAACAAAUAUAACACUAUGAGGAAACAAAUUGAGAAUGUGGUGAAUUUUUCCAAAGAAAUGACCUUGUCUCUUCAAAACACCAAUAUGAAGAAAAACUAAAAAGUAAAAGGGACUAAUCUAGUUUGAGAACAUAGCAACCAAAUAUAGUGAUUCUUAUUUGGAUCCUGGCUCAAAAGAAAAUAUCCAAAUAAAAAAUUAUUCUGAGGAAAUUUGAGGAAAUUUGAAUAGGCCUCGGUAAUAGUAUUACCAAAUAAUUGUUUUCUCAAGACCUGAUAAUAGUGUUCUGAUUAUAAAAGAGAAUGUCCUUAUAUUUAGAGAGGCAUAGUGAAGUAUGUUGGGGUGGUGUGUCUUGUCUGCAAUUUUGGGAUGAUUCAGAAAAAAAUAAUGUUUUUACAAACACUUAUAUGCAGGUAAAGCACAUAUGGCAAGACGUUAAUUGCUGAAUUGUUGAGUCUGGGUAUUGGGUUGAAUUAGAGUGAAAUCUGUACUAUAUUCUAUAUGUUUGGAAGUUUUUAUAAGAAAAAGUUGGAAAAUUCAACUGUAUAUGAAUGAUUUAUUUACCCGCCCUUUUUUUUCCUAGUGCUCUAAGUGUUGGAAUGAAAAGAUCUUGUAGUAUAGCGAAAGGGGAAAGGAGCAAUUUCAAGAGGGAUCUGGUCACCAGUCUUAAAUUCCAAAGAAAUCCAGGAUAACUUUAAAUUUAUUCAGAAGUUGGUAUCUGAAAGGUCGUUUCUGAGCGAGAGUGGUUGCAUUGGAAGUGGGAUAGAAUGCAGAGCUGAGAAGUGAAGGCAGAGAGGGCAGAUAAUUUUUUCAAUCACCUCGGGGUUUUGUUGUUAGUUUUGAGGCUGUUACCACGAUAUCACUGGAGAGCUGGAAGAACUCCCAUUCCAGACCUUCCUGAACUCUCGCGAUACUAGAGCCAGGUGGAGCGCGAAACGCCGUAGGAGGGGCUGGGUCGAGACGACUGACUUCCGCCUAGGCCGUUGUCUUGGUGGCGCGGUCGAGUCAUCGCGGCGCCUCGUUGUCCGGAUCUCCCUUUGCACCCCAGCUUGGGUGCGGAGCGUAGGCCAGCCAAGUGCCGGGGGAGGCGACUCGGCCCUUCCCCUUAAUUUCGUUCUGGUCGGCUCACCGGUUACCCGCGCUGGGGCCUGGGGUCUCUGGGGCCCGCGAGGCCCGGUCUGGGAGGCUGGGGCCUACGUGGGCCCGCCGCUGGACUCCAUGAGGCACAUCCUUACCAAACUGCUGGCGGCCUCCGGCACCGACUCCCCAACCCGUAGCGACAGCCCUGCGCAGGCCGCCCCCUGCUCUCUGCCCCCGGACUUGACCCGGGUGACACCAGCGGCCAAGGACGAAGAGACGGCGGCGGCCUUCGGAUCUCUUGGCCGUAAGCAGCGGCGCGGAGACCAGGGCGAGGUGGAGGAAGGGAGGGGGGGCCGCGGCGGCGUAGCGGUGCGCGCGCCCUCGCCAGAGGAGAUGGAGGAGGAGGCGGUUGCCAACGUCCCCGGGGAGGAGACGGAGGACAUGGACUUUCUGUCCGGGCUGGAACUGGCAGAUCUGCUGGACCCCCGACAGCCGGACUGGCACCUGGAACCCGGGCUCAGCUCGCCGGGCCCCCUCUCGUCUUCCGGCGGAGGCUCGGAUAGCGGUGGCCUCUGGAGAGGGGAUGACGACGACGAGUCUGCGGCUGCCGAGAUGCAGCGCUUUUCUGACCUGCUGCAGAGGCUGUUAAAUGGUAUCGGAGGCUGCAGCAGCGGCAGUGACAGUGGCGGCGGCGAAAAGAGGCGGAGAAAGUCCCCUGGAGGAGGUGUCGGCGGCGGCGGCAGCGGCAAUGACAACACCCAGGCGGCGACAAAGAGUCCUCGGAAGGCGGCGGCGGCUGCUGCCCGUCUUAAUCGACUGAAGAAAAAGGAGUACGUGAUGGGGCUGGAGAGUCGAGUCCGGGCCUUGGCAGCCGAGAACCAGGAGCUGCGGGUCGAGAAUCGGGAGCUGGGCAAGCGCGUGCAAGCAUUGCAGGAGGAGAGUCGCUACCUACGGGCUGUCUUAGCCAACGAGACCGGACUGGCUCGCUUGCUGAGCCGGCUGAGCGGCGUGGGACUGCGGCUGACCACCUCACUCUUCAGAGACUCGCCCGCCGGUGACCAUGACUACGCGUUGCCGGUGGGAAAGCAGCAGCAGGACCUGCUGGAAGAGGACGACUCAGCGGGAGGAGUGUGUCUUCAUGUGGACAAGGAUAAGGUGUCGGUGGAGUUCUGCUCGGCGUGCGCCCGGAAGGCGUCGUCUUCUCUUAAAAUUUUCUUUUUUAGGUGAUUUCCUUCCUGCCAGGCUCCGUUGUAGGGGUUACAGAACAGUCGUUCCCGCCUCACAACCUGACUUGCGUGUACCUAGCUCUUCUGUCCCCAGUGUGGACAUGGCCUUGGAUGACAUCGAUUCCAACUGUACACUGAAAGCUGCUAAUUGAGAUACAGUUUGGAGACAGUCAAACAGGUGAAGUUGAAUGGAAGUUCCGAGUUGUACGAGGUGCAAAUUGGAAUUCCAAUUUUUAGAACAACUUUUCAGAGGUUGACAAUAAAUGUUUGGGGCAUGCACAAAUGUGAUAGUUAUUUUGCUGGAAGUGACAGCGAAAUAACUCUUAAAUACUCAAGAAUGCCUUUUAGUUUUAAGUAGAAGAUACAGAAAUACAAUAUUCAGAUUAAUAGAUUUUAAUAUCUCACCAUUACAGAAAUUGGAAAUUAACAUGCAUAUCAGACUCAUGUGUUAGUUACUUGAAGGAGGAAUAAGAAUGGUUAAUGGAAUGUUUCUUUGAGAACCAGCACAGUGAUACUACCCUGUCACUGAGUAUAAAUACAUUGUUGAACACCUUUAUUUUUGUUGUAUUAAAAUUUUAGGUUAAAUUUAUGUAUGAUUAGAUUUUGAAGGUUGUGAAAUAUGAAUGAAAACAUGUAAAGUGAGGCUUCACAAAGAAUCUUAUUUUCUUAUUUUCUGUAUUUAAAGGGUAUUUGUCCUAUCUAAAAAUAAUUUUAGAAAUUGAGUGGUUCUGGCUACUUAAUGACAUGAUUGACUCUUUUUCCAAAGAUGGGAUACAUUCUUCCCUUGAAGUACUCUUAUCUAUUGUCCAGUUGUAUAUAUUGAGUUACAGUGGCCUUUGGUGUAAGAGGCAUUAAGAAAUUCUUUGUGAAACAUCACUGUUUGAUAAAGUAUAUACCUAUUUAGCAUCCUUGUUUUUCUUUGUGCUAAAGUGGAUACAGCUGUUGGGGCAGAAGAGACGGGACCAGCUGCUGGCCACAUUUCCUGCUUUAUUUUAAAAGGUAGUAUAAGAAUGAGGAAAAAGAGGUAAUAUCAGGGCUUCUGCUGUCUUUAAAAUGUUCAUAAUUAAAAAGUAUUUUCCAGCAGUCCAAAGAUGUAAGUUAUCUUACACACAAAAUGUUCUAUUUUGUUGUUAUUUGGUUAUGAAAAUGGAAUCCUUGUUCUUGCACAACUGUAAAUGUUUUGUUGCUAGAUAAUGCUAUUUGAGACCUAACUUGGUCUCUGGUAUCCAGUGCAUCACAGCAGAUUUUGUAAAAUCAUCUACUGCACUUGAGCAUGAAUGGGUAGUAGCCAAACUCACAACCUGGAGUGAUGAACCUGCCUAUACCUAAGUGCAGGAGCAAGCCUCUCACAAUGCAUGGAUUUUUAGUGCCUACUGAAAUAUAAAUAUUUAAAUAUAUAUAAAUAUAUACAAAUAUAUAUUUAUAUAUAUCAAAAGUAGUUGGAAAAGUUAUUUGAAAUGACUAAUUUGUGCUAUCUUUAUGGAAUAUGUUAAAUGUAGCUUUUUGAAACAGAAGCCUUGAAUUGAAAUUUAAUUAAUACUUGAACAUUUUGUAUAUAUUUCUUUGUAUAUAAUUUUGUGCAGUACCAAUGACAAAAAUAUGGUGUCAUAAUAAAAUCAGGUUUGUUGAUCUUUCAGUUAUGGGCUCAAACAAUUUUUUCAUCUCUAAUAUAACACUGAAAAAUAAUGGAUGAGAAUAGGAAAUAUGAUUGUUGUUAAUGUUGACUGUGGGUCUUAAAAGGUUCUGGAAGCAGUAAGUGCGUUUUCUAAAAAUUAUAUGAUUCCUUGGAAUAUUUUCUUCUUACGUCAAUGAUUUUCCUGCAUUAUUUGAAGUUUGGGCUGGGGACAAACAGUAGUCAAAAGCUUUCUGAACUGGGAUGCUUUGAAAUUCCAAGUGUAGAUUGUAGAAUGUCAUUUUAUAAAUGGCAGUUUUUUGGACAUACUUGAUUAAGAACUUUUGAAAGUGGAGAUUAGUUUCACCUAUUUUUAAAGCUGCUUUGUUAGGUUACUUAGGUUUUAAUUGUCUUUCCUUAGUUUCCAUUUCAUUUUCUUUUUCUAAUUUUGGUGACUCAGUGAUUUUGUCAUUUUUUACAUCAACUUCAUGGUCUUGUUUUUACAUGGUAUUGCAUGUAUUUAGGACCUAUCUAUCAGGGGCUUUAAAUAAAUUUGGUCAUAUUUAUGUGUAAGCACAUUUUACUGUAAAUGUUUUGAGUUUCUGAAUUUACAACAGAUCUGUUUAUUUCAGUAUGUAGUAAACAAUAUCUUAAAAGUGUCCUAUUCGUUACUUGUUAAUUAAAAAGGUUAUGAUUAAUA